GGUGAAAGCUGCAUUACGAAAUAUCCACGGGAGUCUUUGGAUUCAACGCGGCAACGUCGAAUUACUGCCAACCGAGAACUACCCUACUAACAAAUAAUUCGACGACUACCCGAAUUAAUUGACCGCCCUUCUUACCAAAAUGCCGACUCCUGAAUCCGAAGCUUUCUUGGCGAAGAAGCCGACCGUUCCUCCGACCUUCGAUGGUGUCGAUUACGAUGACAACAGGCGAUUGAAGCAGGCGCAAGACGCUAUUAUCAGGGAGCAAUGGGUGCAAGUCAUGAUGGGCCGACUAGUACGAGAGGAGUUGAACAAGUGCUACUACCGUGAAGGUGUUAACCACCUGGAGAAGUGUGGUCAUUUGAGAGAAAAAUACCUCCAGAUGCUCAAGGACCACCGAGUACGAGGCUAUCUAUUCGAGCAACAAAACUAUAUCACCAAGAAAUAAAAGACAGAGAAGGCAAAGAUCGUAUAUGGGAAGUAUCGAGACUACCGGUGACAUUCGUUGCGAUACGAUUGAGUUGCACAGGAUGCGAGAACUAUCAUAUAGCUCUAUUCACGAAGCCUAGACAGGCGCAAUAACGACAACCCCUACGCACUCACAUAUGUGUAUUGUACAUAACUUAGUAUUCAAUGUACCAAUACGAAUCACAACCAAAUUCACACGCCUUAUGUAUCUAAUUAAAAAUGUGUGAAUUGUCUGCUUAAUACUUAG